GAUGUGUUUGGACUGACAACAAACCAUGACCACGAAGAUAGACGCUAUCUUCACAUAGUCACGUCUGGGUUUUCACAACAGUUUCUCAUUGUUACAGGGACAAGUUAACUUUUUAAUCCAAAUAUCAACAACUGUCCAAACCGUUGGGCCGUUUGUAACGUCAGCUUAACGCAACAAAAGUUUACUCAAGCGUAAACAAGUGAUGUACAUUAGCUACCUAGCACAGUUGGUAGGCCUUUAGCUAACUAAUGCCAUCAAUAUGAUUCACAGAGGUGUAAUGUUUAACUUUUGCAAAGAAAAAAAGGAAAAGUAUAGCUUAUAUGAGAUACCAGUAUAUUUUAAAAAUCUAUAUUCCCAAGUCUAAACACUGUGAUGUAAGUAUAAUAAGAGAAAUGUUUGUUAUUUUUAAAGCACUAGUUGUUAAAAGUUAAGAAAACCAUCCCUUGCUAUGUGUCGUAACCUGAAGUACAGCCUUGUGACGGAUUAUGAACAGGUCUGCCUUGUUUGGGUUUAACAGUAACACCCACAGCAAGCUCAUUUAUUUUCUUAACACACUUUGUGUGUGUCCAGUACAGCCCCAUGCUAACAUUGACACUCAAGACUUAAUGUCAAUUAUAAGGCACGUCUGUUUGGUAAAAGAGCAAGUCACACUGCAGCAUUGUUAGUCCUCAGUCUUCUGAGUACAAACUGAGUCCCAAGGCCUCGUUGGGUAUAAAGUUCCCUGUGUUGGACUAGAGUCAAGUCCAAGUAGAGUCCCCAGUGUUCAGGGGAGACAUCAAGGUUGAGUAGAGUACAUCCAUCCAUCCAUUUUCUAACGCUUUAUCCUCCACAGGAGAGUCGCCGGGGGUGCUGUGCCAUCUCAGUUGACAUAGGGCGAUAGACGGGGUACACCCUGGACAGUUUGCCAGUCCAUCACAGGGCCACAUAUAGAGACAAACAACCAUUCACUCUCACACCUAUGGUCAAUUUAGAGUGUCCAGUUUACCUAAUCCUCAUAUUGCAUCUUUUUGGACUGUGAGAGGAAGUUGAUUAGACUUAACUGUGAUGGGGAGGAUGGGAGUUAGACUGAGGAGAUGAGACAGGAAGAAUCCAGAAGGAGUCAGGAUGAGGAUAAAUGAAGGAGCAUUUUGAAUUGUGAGAAAGGGAAUGAGGAGACUGGGGGGGCAGUUGGGUGGAGAGCUUUGAACUACAAUGGAGGAGGACGGGACUGAGAAUGUGACUUUGAACUGUGCAGGGCAGCAUUACACCUCUUGGUGUAGAGCCUACUGGAAUUGUAUUGCAAGUAGAAGAGAUAAGGAUGAGAGGCCAUCCACAGGAAAACAGCAUUGCCCACCUGUAGAGGUGAUUUAGUCUCUUCUGUUGUGAAAUUAAUGUAACAUGACUGAGAACCCUAUUUCACUGUCUACACUAAGAGCAAUGUAGAUGCCAACUCAUGUAAAAGACCAACAACGAUUGAACUUUAACUUUCCUCUUUUUCCUGAAUUUACUGGGAAAAGGUCCAACUAAAAAUGGGUAGCCAAUGGACAAGAGGAAAGGAAUCGGGCUUGUAACCAGAAGGCUCACCAGGUGCAGAUAAGGCCCACUGCUCCUGUGCCUGGCUUGUGUGUUCACUACUGGUGUGGAAUAAGGAUGGGUUAAAUACAGAGGAAACAUUCACUAUCACUAAUUGUUGUGUGUGCAAAAUAACUUAUUCUAAAAAUAAAAAAAAACCGAAUGUAAUGUAUAAAUGAAAAAUGUCUUCCGAGUAUGAAUGCAGUCAGUGCUCAAGUCCUAGUCCAAAUCAUCAGUUCUCCAAUCUGAGUCUGACUUGAGUCAGAGUCCUGGACUCAAGUACUAAACCACUGUCACACAGUACACAGCCAAGCAAAGUGUAAGGUAAGGUAGAAUUAGGUUAGAUGAUGUAGCAAAACAAAUAUUUGUGAUGGAUAUAGGCUGAGAGCACAACUCAUUUCUUGUAUUCUGACUAUGUUCUCCAGGUCUGUGCAUGAUUCCCUGCUGUACUCUACUAUAUGGACAGAUGACAUAGAGAUGAGUCAGGCGGAGCAGGUGCCCGAGGACGCGCCUGCAUACCUCAAUGACGAAUCCGAAGCUGCAGACAACAACAAGGGCCACCCACAGAAACAGCCGGGCAUGUUUGGCUGGGUUGUGGGGGGCAUGUACGGUGCCACCAAGGGAGCUGUAGGAGCAACAGUGGGCGGUGUAACCUGGAUAGGGGGAAAGAGUCUGGACCUGACCAAGAGCGCUGCCAGCACUGUAGCUGCUGUCCCCGCCAUGGGAGUGGGCCUGGUUAAAGGAGGAGUGUGUGCUGUUGCUGGAGGAGUGUCGUCUGUCGGUUCUGCUGUGGUCAGCAAAAUUCCCAUAGGUGGUGGAAAAAAGAAGGACAAGUCUGACUGACAGGAAGUGGAGGAAAAUGAACGCACACACCUGAGUUGUGUGAUCUCACCUGUUUUCUAGGAUUCACGAGCUGAUAAGUGUGCGGGGUCUGUGCUUUGUUCCAUUUCUUCUUUGUAUUUUAUGUGAUUUUGAUGGAGGCCCACAUUAAUGCAUCCACAAAGCAAGACUUUACAAAGACUCUGUUAAAGCAAAACAUAACAUAUUAUCACCUGUGCCUGAAAUAGUUUGUGUUUGUGUGUUUGUGUGUGUGUGUGUGUGUGUGCGUGUGUGUGUGUGUGUGUGUACAAUGUUUUCACUGCAAACUGUUGUACUUUAAUGCAUUGAAUUACAGGAGGAGAUCAGCUCAGUGUAUAUGCACUUAAAUGUCACUUGCAAGACAAUCAAUGAUCUGUUACUAAUAUGAGGUGUUAAGUGCGAAUUACAAAUAUUUCACCGUAAACUGACAAACACUCACUCAAACAAAUAAGUCUGAAUAAAAGAUGUUAUUUUUUUUUUUAAAAACUAGAGUCUUAUUUCUUGCUGUGAAGAUUUCACAGGUGCAUUUCUGGGAGAGUUUCAAUUUGUCUCUGAAUUGACAUCACCCUCCAGUGUUAAUUGUGUUAGGUUGAUGGAGAGCAGCUUGGAGUUUUGAUACCAAAUCCGAUUUGUAAAAAUAACUCUGUCACAAUGUUUAAAAAAAACAACGUAUUUUUUUUUAUUUCAGUAAACCUAAUUUCUAGUGAAAGCAGGAGUUGGUUUACUGUGAUUAAAACAGUUAAGUCGAAGUCCAUCCAACCGCCUUUUGAAGACUUCUUUUGAGUGUUUGUCACCUUUGAUGAAGAGGUUAUAUUGGAUAGGAUUAUGCCUAAACUAAUGUUUUUCCGUUACAUAUUGUGGAGGGGUGGUUGGAUGUGACCAAGGAGGUUUCUUUUUUUACUUUUGAAGCAGAUCCAGUUAUGGACACUGGAUUUUUCAUGGUAGGACAUUUUUCAGAGUUGAUCGUAGUUUAUCUGGUAGCUCUGACAUGUUGGCUAAUAUUGCUUCCAGAUUUAAAUGUUUUACCACAUCUCCUUGGAAAAAUACAAUCACCAAAGAUACUUGAUGAUGGCGUUGAUGUCAGACCAAAGAUGUUUCAUUCCACGUGUUUGAAAAAAUGAUAUUCUUUAUUGUCUUAGUGUUGUAGCAAUCUGUGGCUGGAUUUCUAGACUAAAGUCUGAAUGACAUUGAAGCUGACAAAUACAAUUUAGAAAUGUAACUUUAGAAUGAUAUUCAAACAUUGAUGCAUGAUGCAAAAUGAAGCUUUCAAAAGUGGUACCAGUUUUUUUUGCAUAAUCAGGAGAAUAUUAUAAUCAGAAAUAAACAUGUUGACAGUUGUAUUA